CCGCGGUGGGGGGCGCCGCGCCCCGCUUUGCACUUAUCCCUACAACAGUACGAGGAUUUGGUUGCCAAAGCCGAGGCGAUAUUGAGCCGUCUCGUCGUCGCAGAAAACUAUGACUCCGUUAACAACUUUAUCACUCUCUACGAUUCUUACAUGGCAGCGUCUGAUGAAACAUUGAAUGAGUUCUUCCCGAAAUACAAUCCGCCGAUUCGCGCCCACAAGCACACCUGUGUGGGCCUGGGUAUGGAAGUCAUAAAGCGCUUGAAGGUGUUGGAAAAAGAUUUCCCUGGAAUCACGAAGUCUUUGAUGUUGGUAUCGUGCGAUGAGAAUAUUGAGGAUCUUACGGAUUACACGACAUCUUUCCCCGGACCUCAAGGCUUUUUGAUCGAAACUGAGAAGGAUCACGUGCUGGUAGCUAUUCACGUGAGGGUCGCGGGUAGACCUGGUAUAUUCUUAUCUGAUCUUGGAUACCAUAUCUCCCGUGUCGUGACCGUAAUGGCGGAUCGUUGCUAUCCACACACAGGUUGGUUCACUCAGUCUGACGAGCCACACUGCCGCAAAGAGUACAACUAUCAGUUCAACAUCCACAACCCCAACUAUGUGGAGUGGCAUGAGAGGGAGACUCGUGGAGACAAAGUUAAGGAACGUUUGUCCCUUGUGUAUGUCGCCAAGGCAUACUUGAGUGCAGUUGCUGUUACUGAGAAAAGAAAUUUAGUAUGGGAUUUAAGGAGUCUCUUGGCCCGUGACCCUAAAGGACACUUGACAGCCGGUAUCUACUUCCCAAUUAAGAAGAAAGACCAACAGUUUACCAUGUUUUUCGAUUGCCACAACGGCAAACAGAGAAAGAAAUUGAAAUUCGAAUCGUUUUUGGAAUUGCAGAAGAUACCGGAUGAGCUUGUCGAUGACGUGGAGCAGUGUAAUGACCAACUACGUCUUAAAGACGGUGAACUGUUGUCCAUUUUGAAACGAUUAGCUACUAUCAUGACCGAUGAAGAAUAUAUGACGGAAUUACUUGAAAUUAACGAUAAAAUCGUUCAACUUUCUGCUGCUGCCUGAAAAUCACAGAAUAAGGCCAAAUCGAGUGACCAAGUGCCUUCUAGUACGAACGUCAAUUCAAAUGAUAUUGUGCCUUCCAGUUCUAACCUCAAUACAAUUGAUGCCUUGUAGUUGUUAUGGAGUCAUUUAAUUCAUCACGGGGUUGUAGUACGUAGUUUUGUAGUGUUGUAGUCGCACUGUAGUGUCAUCUUUGGGCUAGACGAAUCGGCUCAUGGGCAAAUAAAAUUUAAAAAAUGUU